UGGUCAACGAACGAGCCCAACGAGGUGGGCGACCAUGCUACUCAUCAUCGCUGAGAAAGGGUUCAUCAAUAUCGUCGUCGAGUUGCUCAAGCACUCUGACAAGGAGAGCCUUGCGAGGAAGAACAAAUCAGGAUUCGAUGCUCUGCAUGUCACUUCAAAGGAAGGCCACGGAGUGUGCCAUUGCCUACACAAGCUAAUGAGUAAGAAAGAUGGACAUCUGACACUGCUUGUAGAUAUUGUGAAGGUACUCCUGGACCAUGAUCGAUCCCUUGGGAAAACGUUUGGCCAAUCAAAGUGUGACUCCUCUGAUAACUGCAGCGAUUAGAGGCCGCCAUGAUGUAGCGAACCUUCUGCUGGAGCGAGAUUCUGGAUUGCUUAAACUAUCGAAGGCAAACGGAACAACAAUUUUUAUUUUCCUGGUACAUGGAAUCUCCAGGCACGACAAAGUAUGUAUUUACAUCAGAAAAAUUCCUUAGCUUUUGCAGAAACAUGAUUUUGGUUUAAUUAUUUAUUAGCACUACCCCAAUUACAUUGGAUUUGUAUGCACACUUCUCAAAGUAAGGUAGCAUGGUCCAUUUUUAUAGGGUCGUAUUUGGUAACCGUAACUUACCACAAUACCAAUUCUAAGUUUAUUGUUUAAUUCAACAUUUCUAUUAGCAAUUAGUUUUGCUUAUUUCACCUCACUGCAUUAAAC